AUGUUUAGAAAAUAGGAUUUUAAGAAAGUUGACUUGCUAGGAUCAGGUAAAAAGAACACCAAAAUUUAUAAGGCACUUCAUAUACCGACUGGCAAGUACUAUGCACUCAAGGAAGUAGAAGCUAAAACUCUUGACAAGCUCAACGAAUACAAGGAGGAGGCAGUUUAGUUAUUUAAGGCAUAAAACCAUCCCAAUAUUAUUCAGUUCUAUGGCUAUUUCUUUUAUGAAACCAUGUAUAAUACCUUUAGAAUAGGUAUAGUAUGUGAGUAUAUCGAGCAUAGACUCAAUCUAGAGUAUGUCUUCCGGAAGAGAAAGCAAAUGCAAGUCUUUUGGAAGUAAGACGAGCUAGAGAAAAUGAUUGUGUCGCUAAUAUCAACUCUGUCAUAUAUGCAAAGCGUUGGGCUGUGCCAUAGAGAUCUUAAACCAGCUAAUCUGUUCCUGAUGAAUAGUGGGGAGAUUAAAGUAAUUGAUUUUGGUGAGUCCAAGGAUUUUUUCCGAGAUGCAGAAGAUGGUGGAGAAGCAACUACUGCUACUAUCAGAGGAACUCCGCAAUAUUUAUCUCCUCUUCUGUGGAAAGCACAUGUGGUAGAUGGAAAUUCCAGAUUUGCAAAGCAUAACAUUUACAAGAGUGAUGUGUUUUCAGUGGGUCUGCUGUUCUAUCAACUUGCUAGUAUGGAUGAUGUGACUGGCUUCAACCAAAAGAGUGCAGAAUAUGAUGGUGAGAAAUUGAUUGAUGCAGGUGUUAAGAAGUUAAAAGUGAGGUAUAGUGACACUGUCUGUGAAUGUGUCAGAUUAAUGCUUAGGUUCUAUGAAGUUGAUAGACCAUCAUUUAUAGAACUCUGCAAAGUAGCCACUACUUAUCACGAUGGAUAAGUAGAUCCCUAGAAUGUCUCUAACUACAUUUUAUCACCAGGCACUAAUAAAUACAUAAUGCCUAAGAUUAACCCUAACAUAGCCUAACUCAUCCAGAAAUAAUCAAUGAAAGACCUUCAAACUCCAGUGAAUGGGAGUAAGUAAGAAAACCUUAUGCCCAAGUAAGGUGGAGGUGGAGCUGAAGGAUAGAUUCAUCAGUAAUCUCCAAUAAGUCAGAUUUAAAAGUAAUUGAUAUAGCAAAGACGACCUCAAAGCAAUUAAAAUUUCAUUGGUGCUCCUCAGGAAUUAACAGAACAAACACAUAAUAUAGAUGGAGCAGGGGAAUUUGAAGAUGAAGAAGAAGAACUUGAAAACAGGAAUAAUAUAUUUACACAAACAGAGUUAUUCAAGAAUUACUGUGAGCAGAAUAAGCUAUACGUUAAUCAAACUAAUUAACUUUUCUGGUUUGAAUAUGGCUCAAAUAGAAUUGGCCGAAUGGUGAUUGAUAUAACACAAAAGCAUCAGUAAUAGUAAUAACAAAAUCAAGAUUCAGAGUAGUCUGUUUCAUAGCAAAUCCCUCAAUCUAAUGCAUUUAAAUGGAAACUAAUUGGCAAGUACAAAAGUGAAUUUUCAGCUCACUACUCAUUGCUUUACAUCAAUGCAGAUAUCGGCUACUACAUGCUUGGAGGAAAUGGUAACUCUAAUACUUGUGUUAAUUAUGACUUCAAGACUCUAAAAGUGAGAGCGUAGAUGCCUUAAGAAAAGACAUUCUUUGCUUGCAUAUACUUUAAGGGCAUUAUAUAUACUUUUGGCGGUUAUGAUGCCUACGACAAAGUUUAACUGAGCACCUGUGAGUACUAUGAUAUCGAGAAGGAUAUAUGGCAAAAUUCACCUCACGAUAACGCUCAAGGCACUGUUGAGUAUAAACUGACAAAGGAGAGAUCCCAGAACAGUUGCUGUAUCUUUGAUGACACUACUAUAUUCAUAUUCGGAGGGUAUAACAGAAAUGAGGGUACAUUGAACACAAUUGAGCGAUUUAACAUGAAGACCAAGAAGAUGGAACUUAUGGAGUUAACCAUGCCUUCUCCACUGAGAAGAUUCUAAUCACUUAAGAUCUCAACCACUAAGAUAUUACUGAUAGGUGGGCUUCAGAGGAUGAGCAAGGAAAGUGAUGCUGUGUUCUGCUUUGAUUUAGAAAAGGAAUACACAAUUGAACAGCUAGAUAAAAUUGACAGAGCAGGUAUUGUGGAGUACCCCAUAAUUAUUGAUUAGGUGGGCAACUUGCAUUUGUUCUUGGAAAACAAUAAUGGCACUUCUCCCCCUCAUCACGUUAUGUACUCUUUCUUAGAAUACAGCUGA